UCCGCUCUUGCAACUGAGUUAUGGAUUUUAGAGAACUGUGGAUAAACUUGAAGUGAUUUGAAUUCUUCUGUAUGAUUGGAUUCGUACACCUUGACUAUUCUUUAAGAAACUGGAAAUGCACAUAUUAUUCUCUAUAGGGGGAUGUGCGAUCAACAGGUAAAAAUAUUUUUGGGGGUUCAUUGAUGAAAAAGAUUCCUCCUUCGAGCCGGAUUUGAACCAGCGACCUAAGGAUUUCAGCAUUUUGCGUUCUACAGUCCUCCGCUCUACCAACUGAGCUAUCGAAGGGACAUGUAGAAAUCUUUGGAGCAAAAGGUACAUGUUUGUAUCGUAGCAUUGAGUUUCGCCUUCUCUACCGGAUGUUGGUCAACGUCGACCAUUCAACAAUCGUGAAAUUUCCGUGUAUUGAGCGCUCGUCAGAACUGUCGACAUGUCUCCAAACGGGUCUUUCCAGGCACAACUUUCUUCAAUUAUGGAGACGCUGACGACGUCUGCCGUUGCAGAGAUUACAAAACUGGUCGAUUACAGUUCUGCCCUUCUAUUCUCGGAGAUAUCCCGACAACAGGGAGAGAACGACGCUCUUCGGAAGGCAUUGUACUGUAUGCAAAUCGAGCUCGGGACCGAGAGACCAAAGCGGGGCACCUCUUCUGUUGAUAUAUCUUUAGAAGUUCAGCUUUGCGACGAGAUCCAGAAUAAUAAAGGCGUGGGGGACCACUGGUUUCCGGACAAGCAGUUGGUUGUGAGUGAGAGGCACUAUGGAGUGGAUGCUGCCAUCGAAUUGGGAGAAACCAGUGCACCGCAGCGCAGAACAGUGAAGGAAGAAUGUCCUGAUGUGAAACAGGUCAUUUUACAACCAGACCCUAAAGGUGAGGACAGGCCGGAGGAGGUUGUGGAGGCCAGUCACCCGGAGGAAGCAGAGCACAUCAUUAUCGGUGGAGAAGGAAAUGGUGGCCUGUCCCUAAAAGAUGAUUUCCAGGCCAUGGACGAGAGCCAGUCAGAGGCGUACCACAGCUCCACAGCAGAGCCCGAGGAAGAAGACACCAGCCAAGACUUCAGCGAGGAGCUGGAGAUGUGGGUCAAGUCUGAGCCGGGGUCAGAGAGCGACACCGUCAGCUUCACCCCCAGUGUGGCAGAAAACAAGAUGGUCGACCACCUCACGGGCAGGGAAAUGCACGCCUGUUCAUACUGCAACAAACGCUUCAACUACCGUAGCCAGGUGAUAAUCCACGAGCGGGUUCACACGAGGGAGAGGCCGUUCAUCUGCAAACAGUGUGGCAAGGGUUUCUCCCAGAUUAACAACCUCAAGAAGCACCAGCUCUGUCACAGGGGAGGGGAGGGGAAACACGAGUGCGGGGAGUGUGGAAAGGCGUUCUGCCACACCCAGAGCCUGAAGAAUCACAUGGUGGCAGCUCACGGCUUCGGUUCAAGGUUGGACUGCGAGACGUGCGGCAAGACGUUUCACAAUAAGAAAGCUCUCAUCGCACACUCUACCAGUCACAGCAGGGCUUUUGGCUGCGAGACUUGUGGGAAGGCUUUCGGUACGAAACAAACUCUUAAGAUCCACCAGUUCACUCACACGGGGGAGCGUCCGUUCAUCUGCAACUACUGCGGCAAGAGCUUUGCCUACCUCUGUAACCUUAAAACUCACAAGAGGGUUCACACUGGGGAGAAACCCUUUGGCUGUGAGCUGUGUGGCAAGUGUUUCACUCAGAAACACUGCCUGGAGAAACACUUGUGUAUAGAUUAAAGAGCUGUAGAUAUACAGAGUAACUGCAGCAAACUACCGUCUAUGUUUACUUGUUGGCACCAAAUGUUCCAUGGCUGUAACAUUCUAAUCUGCGUUCUGACUAGAAUGUUGUGGUCUUGUAGUCUGGGUACCAGUCUGUUUAGCUAACGUUCCACUCCUUGUGCUAUGGGCCACAGAGAUUGGCCUUUCUUCAAUCUCAGUGUUUAAUAUGCAGCUGGAUUUUGUGAGGAGUUGCUGAUUUGUUGUUGGAAAUAACGUUAUUGUUUGGCAAUGGCACAGAGUACAAGGAGUGGUAUGUUAGCUAAACAGACUGGUACCCAUGCUAGUGUUCUUGUGCUAUCAUGGGGGAAAUUCUAAACCUAAAACCAAGUUUGUGGAAUUCUGCGUAUUCUAUUGCUUUGUUGAGGAGACUUGAGUGUUUCUAGUAAAGUGUCUACAUGUGUGUGGGACAGAUUGACCUGUGCAUACAUUUAUAGUUUUUUCUUAUAAUAUCACAUUGUUAUUUUAGGUAAUUUGAUCAAUGUUUAGUUAAAUUGUAGCUGCCAUUUUAAUUUGCACGAUCACGAAGUACAUGGUCAGUUACUACUACAACUUCUAUCAUUACUGUGGCGGUAACAAUAGUGUGAGGGGAUUGACACACAAAGCCAAAUCACCCCUUCACAUUCUGAUUGGACAGAAAUAGAUCUCCCCCUGUUGAGUUAGGUUUCUCUCAAAGUGUAUUGGUCGUCACUAGCUUCCACAGCUACAAAGUCAUAAACCCGCCAGUUUCUACAGUUUCUCUUCUUACAUUUUGAUUUUCAACCUAAUCACACUGCUAUUCUUAUACCUAACCAUAACCUUAACAUGAAGAGCAAAAAUGAAAAUACAUACAUUUUUACGAUAUAGCCAGUUUUGACCUUGCGGCUCGUGAAAACAAAGUUUAUUCUGAUCAAGGUCGUUUUCCCUACUGACCCUUUUUACUGUAAUACAAAUAUUAGCCUACAUAUAUUUUAUUUGUUUUAACAAAUGUAAUUUUGACAAAUCAGCUGGUAUUCACUGUGUACAUUAUAUCCAAUCCAUGCUUUAACGUUGUAAUGAUAAAAUAUUGUAUUCUGUCCUGAUUCUGUCCACGUAUAUAGCAUAACAUAUACUGUUGUAUUUCAUUGGGAAAACAGUUCUUGACAAUACGUAUUUCACUUGGUCUGGGUAUUAAGUAUUGCUAGAAUAACUAUUUCACUAGAAUUUCACUUUCAUCUUAAAGCCGCAAUCAGCAGUUGAAACAAUAACAAAGCGUCCGAGCCACCCCUGUUUUUGGUAACAAAGCAUAAGGAGGGGGCUGAAGUAAUGUACCAACUCUCAAAUUCAUAGACGGAGCUGUGGAUGCAAGGACUGACCAACCGUGAUAUCAAAAUUAUAUUUUUAACCAUGUUUUAAGGCUAUGUAGUGUUUGUUUACAUUUACUUUGUUUACAAACAUUGGGAUUUUU